AUGUCGUCGUCAAAGAAGGAGCAAUCGCCAGAACCGCCGUCUCUGAUUCAGUUGCUUCCUGAGGACAUCAUCAUUGACAUCUUAUCGCGUGUACGGUGGUGCGACUAUCGAACACUCUCCCUCGUUUCCAAGCAUUUCCGAUCACUUGUCGCGUCCCACGAGCUAUACGCGAGACGAUCACUGUUAGGAUGCACGGUACGCCGUCUCUACGUUGCCCUCUCUAACCGAGAAACCACUUCUCACAAUCCUUAUAUUCUCUGCCUGGAAGCCAACGAUAAUCACCGCUUGGUCCUUAUCCCUUGGCCUACCCAUGUGCCUCACGUUGGAAGCUUCGUCACCGUGGGCUGGAAGUUAUAUGCCUUUGAUAUGUUGAACCGUUACCACCAUCUGCCGAUUCCAAGCAUUGACUGUAGAUUCCAAACGGUGCACCUCGUGCAUUGUAUGAAUGCAACCAUGGAUGUUUCAGUUGCUGGUGUCAUUGACGGGAAAAUAUACGUAACUGGAUAUACUAAAAUCCCAUGGGAUACAUCGGCGAAGAUGGUCAUGGCUGUGUUCAAUACUGAAACACAAAUAUGGGAGACUGCGACAGAGACUAUGAUAGGUCGGCCCUAUGGUUGUGUGGUGAUGGCUGGUAAGAUGUACACGAGGGAUGGUCGUAACAGCUUUGUUUACGAUCCAAAGGAGAGUAAAUGGGAGACAGACAAGAGGCUGAAUAUGUUUAAGUGGCAGGGCGGGUGUGUGGUUGAUGACGUAUUGUAUUACUUCGAUAAUCGUGGUGGGAAGGUGUUGAGAGCUUAUAACCCAAGAAAGAGUAGUUGGGUAGUGGUGAAAGGUUUGGAAAGAUUGGUGGCUGAAGGGAGAUUUUCAGAAUCGUAUUACACUGGGAGUUGCGAUGGGAAGCUGGUUUUGUUUCUCUCUAAAGACCGUAUGACAAAAGGUAUCCGGUGUGCGCAGAUUUCACUGGAAAGGAGGCACCACCAGGGAAGAAGUGAGAUUUGGGGUAAGAUUGAUUGGUGUGAUGAUGUUUUUUUUCGUAGUGAUGAUCUUUUCGUUACGAAAACUCUAGAUGUUAUUCUUUGA